CUAUAGUACGAUGACAACAGCAGCCAGUAGUGCUCCGUUUGCGCUCACUGCUUUGCAUUAGUUUAUUUGAGGCAGAUUGUGUUUCGUUUUUAACGCAUUAAAUAUAAAAAUUCGUAGCGUUUAUGCGGGAAAUGAUCGAUUGGCCUUAUAUAUUUUCAUAGUUGUACACGAUGAUCAGUUAGUUCAGUGCAUUGGCGUUGGAAGCCUAUUAUGAAAGUGAUAUCUUUAACAUCGAUCACAUUCGAGGGCUUAGACUGAAUAUGUGUGGAUUUUGCCCAUCUAGAUAAUAUGUAAGAUGCAUAAUUUUAAAUCAAUGAUUUAGUUCUCAUUUCGAAUUACAUGUAACCGCACAAUUAUCAUACAUUAAUUACUAUUUGUGAAGUUAACACUGCAUUGAGAGAAAAAUGACUUAAUUGUACCUAAAUUCAAUUCGCAAACAAACAGCAUUUCCACAAUGCCAUCUCAUAGCCAGGAGAUAAAUAUCGAUAUAAAUUCGAAUGAAGAUUCUGGUUCUCCAAGCGAACAAAAAGAAGACAAGAGCAAAGCAAUGAAGUACGUAAACACAGAUAAUAUUGGAAACAAUGCGCCAGCAGGUCUUAGUUCCGACCAAAAGCUGGCAUUCGCGUUAAGAGAUUUUUUGGGCCCGUCUAACAUGGUUCUUGGUGAAGAGUCGCCAUCUCCGUCCAAUAUCGAGCAAAAACUGCCUUACAUAGAUGAAAUAUUAGACACUGAAAUAAAUAAUUCUGAUGAGGAGCCUCAGACUUGUCAGGAAACGGAGGAAGUACUAAAUAACGCAGCAUGCCGGUUGAGGCGGUGGCGUGCAGCGUCACGUAAACUUCGUAGACCUCGCAUAAUAGAUAAUUUGUGUGCUAGCAAAGACUGUGGUGGUGCCGGGAAGAGUUUUAGUGGUGGACAUACGGAUUUAGCGGACCGCUUGCGUAGCCUAGCUGCGACAGGCAGCAUGUCAGCGUCGGCCGGAGAGUUGUUGUCGCUGGCGCCACCGCCUCCCGCCGCCACAGCACCGCCUUCUCCGGGCUGCUUGCUGACACCAACCCUGGCUGAUCAAAACUCAGCUGAAUAUUUCGGUUCCAGUCCAGAAUGCUGUAUCGAUAUCGUAGGGUCAAAGAACACUAAUGCAGUUGGCACACCGGUACCCCCUCCUGGACCCCGGUAUAAGCUGGCAUCCGAAGCGACAUUAAGAAUAUGUUCCUUCCAACAUACAAGAACAGUAGUUGAUAAAAUUCUGGCCGCAAAAUUUUUUCGAAGAUGGGAAACUCAUAUCUUGUGCUUGUUAGAAGACCACAUAGUUUCAAAGGCGCCUUAUGGACAACUGGAAAAACCACUGUCCUACAGCUGUAUGCAAGAAGUUUAUUGUAUAUCACGGUGGGACCCGGCAAGAAAGUAUUGCUUGCGGAUAGUCAUGCCUAAUGGCUCACUCCUUCUGCAGGCAAAUGAUGCAUACACGAGGGAUCAAUGGUACUAUUCCAUAGUGUGGAGGAGAAACAUGAUAAGAUAUCGGAAUCUAUUGACGAAAUCUGUGAGAAAAGAAAUCGUAUUAAAGGAAUUAAAGAACAUGGUAGACUUCGUGAUGACAACACCGCUGCAAGAUGAAUGUGUGACGCGGACACCUCUGGAAAUACUUGCCAAUUUACUCUCAGAGAACAAAGACAGUCCAGACUGGGAAGAAUGGGCAGAGAUUACCACCAGUGCCGCAUCGCCACUACUAGCUGAAAGGGGAGUAAAUGGGGAGUUAUGUGCUCUACUGGCCCGCCUUUGCAGGCUGCGGCCGCGCUCUGCUCCUCUGCCAGCGCUCGCUCCACCAGUGAGGCGGGUGCUCACGAGAAAUGUGGACUUCGGGAAGGCACCACAUGCUAGACAGUUCGUCAGAGAUUACAUAAGUGCCUUGAGUGCUCACAAUUCCGGGCCGAGUCUCGUCCGUCGAUUCGUGGAAGUGACGCACGGAAACCGCGCCACUUGCCCACACCCAAGGGCCGCCCCCAACUUGGCCGCGGUCGUUCUAGCAGCUAUCGACGAUCACUAUCGGAAUUACACAACGCCGCAUCAAUGCGACGAUACUGAGCAUGAAGUACUUUGUUUCGCUGACAUUUUAGAGCAUAUGUGCGAGUAUGAAGACUGGCUAACAGUAGUCGGGGGGGUGCUCCAGCCGGUGCCGCUGUGCGCCAACGCGAUGGCGUGUCCCCGUGUCGCGUUCCGGCUGGGCAACGUGCUGAGCGCGCUGUCCCGCGACCAGCGCUGCGCGGUGCACGGCUGCGUGGCGCCCGCGCGGGCCGCCCGCCCCUGCCCCCCCUCCUGGCUGAGAGCCGCUGCUCCCUCCGAUCCGCUGCUGUCGCUACCGCACACUAAGCUAUGCCAGCUCUGGGGUGAUAUGGUGCAGGGGUUAAUUAACUGUUGCUGUAAAAGGAAAAGUUUCCUACAAAGCAUGAGUAAGCAACUACCGGACUUUAUUAUUGUUGCGUUUACGGAACAUCCAGCAGCGCUAGAAUCAUUAUGCCUUAUGCUCGAGUGGGAAGUAGCGAGUGGUGAACAGACUCAACUAGAAAUCAUAGCAGCUUUACAGGGAACUCCACUAGGGAAACAAUAUUAUACAGAUUUGUGCGAACGACAGAAAACACUACAGAAACUGCAGGCUCACGGAGGACCUAAACGUUUGGCGUUACCAGUCCGUGCGACCGAUGAAGAUGUAGCAGCAUUGUUAGAGGCAGGCUCUCUCGGAAACCUAGAAUGUUUAAGUCUAGCUUUUACAAGUGUAACAAGCGCGUGCGCACAUCAUCUUAUUAAAUUACCUUCACUUCGUUAUCUCAACCUAUGGGCAACAAAGUUUGGCGACAGUGGUGUUCAGUUAAUCGCGGAACAUUUACCACGUUUGCAAGUUUUAAAUCUCUGUGAGACACCGGUGUCCGAUAAGGGCAUAGAGGCGCUAUCAGGUCUUUCAAGUCUCCGCAGAAUAAAUCUAAACAGUACAAAAUUAUCGGCUGAGGCCUUCGAGACGUUGCGCCAACGGUUGCCCCAGCUGCAGGAAUACGACGUCAGGUACACUGAAGCGUGGUGACGAAAUCAUCACACCACGUUUACGGCCAACAUAAUAACCUAGCAUAUAAAUUGUUACGCUUUCAAAAGUGGAAGAAACGCGUGCUUUCACUAUGGCGAAUUGUUAAAUUGAGACAGCGUAAUUAGAAUACGUUAAGUUAAAAUGUUAUUUUAAUGUAUACUUAUAAGACUAGAACGUACAGUGUACAACCGUACUUAGCAUUUUUCCCAUUAAUUUAUAUUCUGUAUUAAUUUGUGCGUUUGCUAACGUCAUUUGUAUGUUGUUAAAGGAUUUGUUUUCUUGAAGACGUCACAUUUCUAAUUUCCAAACAGUUGCAUUUAUUUACAUUUUCAAAAGUACUAUAGAAAUAGGAAUUGUAAUACAAUACAACUUAUACAUUUAUAUGCGAUUUCAAAUGGUCUUUAUUAAAUAUAAAUGUAUAAAGUGUGUAGUUUCGUAAUGAAUCGUACCUAAUAUCGGGAUAAAUCAUUCAGCUGGGAGAUAAUUUUUAAAUGCAUAUUUAUUUGUAACCAAUAAAGUAUUAAUACUAAGUUCUAGUUUAUUUAUAAUUUACUUUUGUUAUUAAAUAUAAACUCGUACGGCUUAUUGAGAAUUCGUGCAUGCGUGUUUAUUCCAACACAGUUAAUUAAAUAAAUUUAAUAUUUUAAAAAGUCACACAAGACUUGUUAUGCAUAAAAGAUAACUUACCUUUUAAAGAUUAUUGAAAACAUGUAGUAUCUGUUUGAAUGUAUAACUAUUGCUUUUAUCAAUGUAUUUACUUUUCUACAUGAUGAAUACUCUUAUUAAUGUUUAAUAAAAUUAUUUCCAAGUUUUGUUAAGGAAAAGAAUCCAGUUAUUUACAAAUUAAAACAAACCGUUUCAAUCGAAAGAUUUCAAGUACCAGAUUUAAAGAUAACUUCGAUAGAAAUGACAAAAAGUUUAUCACGAUAUUAUCUUGUUUAAUUGAUGUGUCAUAUUGACGAUAAAUAAUGAUACAUACUACCUCUAAGAAGGCGCUCCCACAAAAUGUGUCAUACAUUUCAGUUCAUAGUCCACUUAUUUUCCAAAUGCUAAGAUUAUUUUAAAAUCUGAUAAAUGAAAUUUUAUAUUUUAACAUUUGAAUGGUAAGUUUGUUUAUAGAAUAUUAUUGAAAUCGGACACAGAGUAAACAUAUUGAACACCAACUGCCAAAAAGUUCAGUGAGCAUGUUUUAAAACGAGUGAUUUAAUAGUAUUAUACCUACGACUAAAAUAAGAUAUUCGGGCUGUGAGGAAUGUGGAAAAUUGGUGUGAAUGAGAUACUGCGACUGUGUUCUAAGUAAUGUACUUCUUCUAAGUAUAUUCCCGCCGUAAUAUUAAACUAUUGCAGUACCCUACCUACGUUUAUAAAUACGACAAUUCACGAAAAUAGAUGAUGUUACUUUUAUUUAUCAAACAUAUAUACAUGAUUUAUGCAAUGGUAAAAAUCAAGUUUAGAUUGUUAAAUUGAACAUUGUAAUGAAUUAGAAUUUAAUUAUUUAUGACGUGUUCGUUCAUCAAUACAAAUUAAGUAAUAAAUAUAUCGUAUUAAUUACUUCCUUAUAUUCGAUUAUAUUAAUUACGCACAUAACUAUGUAACUGCAGUUCAAUCAUUCAAAGGUAAAUUGAUCCAUAUCACACAAGAUCAGAAAUGUACCUACCGCUUAUAUCAUUUGAUAAACCUUUUCGAUAAAUUUUGUACUUAUUCAUAAAUAUAAAAUGGCUACAAGUUAGCUAUGUUAACUCCAAUAUAUGUUAUGCUCCUCGUUAUUAAUAUUAAUUUAAUAUAGUUAUUUACCUAGUUCUUAUAAUUCGUCUUAAAAUAUCGCAAUUUAUUCUCACUCUUUGGAGAUUCUCUUAGUAAAUUUUAAAUGCACUCGGUAAUGAUAAUUUAUAUGAUGAAGAGGUUAAGACUUAUUCAAUGUUGUAUUAAGUACCUAUGAAGUUUUUUAAUAAAAGAAUAAAAGAAAUAAUGGAA